GUUCCAAGUGGCCAGUUUUCGUUCCAAGAAGGCAGGCCAUUUCAACACAACACAACACAACACAACAACACAACAAUAUGGCGGCAAUCGACAAGGUGCGCGUGCUGGUUGUUGGCGACUCAGGAGUCGGGAAAACGUCGCUCACGCACCUGAUUGCGAACAACGAGCCGCUUACCUCGCCCGGCUGGACGGUCGGUUCUUCCGUGGAAGUAAAGCUGCACGAGUACAAGGAAGGCACAUCGGCACAAAACUCGUUCUUCGUCGAACUAUGGGACGUAGGAGGCUCCAUCAGCCACACGAACACCCGAGGCGUGUUUUACCAUCCAACGCACGGCAUUGUUCUCGUGCACGACCUAACUAACCGGAAGAGCCACGAAAACCUCCAACGAUGGCUGGUUGAAAUCCUCAACAAAGACGGAAAGGACGUGCUGAAAGGCAACGACAUGCUCGACAUAGAUCCGGAGCAAUUUCUGGGCUCAACGCAGUUUCAAACUUGCCAGAUUCCUAUACUGGUCAUCGGCACCAAGCUGGACAUGCUGGACGAGAGCCACAAACAGAAAAUUGUGAACCGGACGUCGGUAGGCAGCAUAGCGGAGCAGUGCGGUGCACAGGAAAUUUGCCUCAACUGUCACGAGGCCCGCUCGUUGGCGGCAGGAACUACGGAUUCUGUAAAGUUGGCCCGUUUCUUCGACAAGGUGAUUGAACGCAAGUACUACAAUCGAGAAACAGGAAGAAAGUACGCCACAAAUUACACCAGCUCGGCGAUAAGUGGACCAUUCCCAACGCUUUCGGCGCAAACAGGUACGGCGCCAGUAGUAAGUGCAUACAGCUUUCUCAGUACUAACUCGGUGUCGGAAAGUGUAUCUUAAUAUAAGUGAACGAUUAUACAAGCUCGAGUUGACUCUGAUGAUCAUAGGCUGAAGCUUUAUUUCGCAUCCGAUAAGUUUUCAAAGGCAUACAUGCGCUCGAGAGGGCCCAUUAGCCCGGGGGCCACUUCAUCUGUCUGCCGCCCAGGAAAUGUAGAUGAAGAUGGUAAACCGACUGUGCUCCGUUUUUGCCAUCGUUUACUACUACGCGGAAGCCUUCCUCAAGUCCCUGUUCGGAUGCUACUUUCCUGCCGACCAGCAUCAAAUGGCCCAGCAGUGCCUCAUCCUCUUCCGCUGCUUUCGACAGCUGCGAAAUGGGCUUCCGAGGAAUCACUAGAAAGUGCACCGGGGCCUGGGGGUUUACAUCGUGAAAUGCAACGCACUGGAAAGCGGAAAACGGGUUAAAGGUUCCGCGGGAAGCGCUCCGCAGACA